AUGAAUUCGUUUAUAGUAAUAUUGCUUGUAACAACAACUGUAUCUGCAAUAAAUGAAAAUAACAGUGACGCGACAACAAAAAACAAACGGACAAUCCCAGAUUUCCAAAAUCAGGCAGAAUUGAAACAGCUUACACCAAUAUAUCAAGUAAACCACCCCAAUAAUCAACCAGCAUAUCAACAAACAUACCAUCAAUCCAACGAGCCCCAUCUUAACAACUUUUACGAAAACUCCAAUAAGUACUAUACGCAAUCUUCAACUCCCAUCAAGACAGUCUUCGAAGGCGAUUCAAAAAUUCCUGCCGUUAAAAAUAUAUUCGAGGACACCCCAAAAGUUGCUGCCCAGCAUGUGCUUUACGAAUAUGAGCAAACGCCCACCAAUGCAGUUUCCAACGUUCAAGUCAAACAACUCUUCCAACGUCCCGAAGAAAGUAAGACUGUACAGACAGAAAAAAUUGCACUUCCAGAACCCAACAGGUUUUUGUCAGCCGAAACCGCCGUAAAUCCCGUACAUCAUAGCACUUUGGUCAACCAUGCCCAAAAUUUCGGCCACGUUGUAAACCAUCCCUUGUACAACGUACAACCCACCCAUGUACAACACCAACAGUACAUACCAAACAAGUACUUUUAUGUCAAUGGGAAGAUCGUGUAUCAACCCGGACAACAAAAUCAACACCCCACGGCAAACGUUAACAAUCACCAGACACAAGUACCAAGAACCAACUUCCAGAACUAUCAGACUCACCCUCAAACUCACCAUAAUCCAGUCCAUUCACAACCUUAUUCGGUUUCCAAUCAAAACUUCGUCCACGGUCAAAGCACGCCAUAUUUGCAUAAUAAACAAUAUCAAAAAAUCCCUCCCUCCAACGUACCACAACAGUACAGAUCACCCCAACAAAAACUCAUACCACCACCGAUGACCUACGUAAGAUUCCAUCCACCAGCCAGACACCAAAUGCAGCCAAUCACGCAACCUGUUGCGACACCCAUUGCCGCCCCAGUAAAAGAAGAACAAGCCGAAGAAGAGGAGGAGGAAGACGAUAAGGAGCAGCUCAGAGAAGAGGAGGAAGACUCUGGUGAAGCCAACGAGGAGGAGGAAUCCGCCAACUUGGAGGAAGCCGAUGGUGAAGCUGAGGAAGAAGAGGACGACAGGGAAUAUCAAAGACCUGAAAAACUACACGGUUUGUUCGGAAAAUAUUCCUUCGACGAAGAUGAAGAGAGGGAUCACGACAGGUAUAAGGAGCACGAAAGCGAUGAUGAGGAAGACGGUGAUGACAGAGACAGCAACAGGGGAUCUUCCAAAUACGUAACGUCAAAAACUAAAAAACCAUACAGAAAAGUUCCAAAGAAUGGGAAGUAUGACAAAAAAGACAACUACAGUUACAGCGAAGGUUACAGUACCAGCACCAAAUACGAGAGUCCAAAAUCCAAGAACGGCAAAGGUAAACCGAAGAAACAUUACAAAAAGGUGAAGUACUCGACGAAUUCUAACAGCAAACCCAAGUACGAAGUGAUUGAAGGAAAACAGUCGCAGCACAUUCCAGUAACGCACAAGCAAAAGUUCGUUAAGGAAAAGUUCUAUCUGUCGAGGAGUUUCAACGACGGAUUCGAGAGAGCCAAAAUGAACUAAUAUACAUAGUACCUUUUUAAGUUUUUAUAUUAUUUUUUACAUGUUUAUAAUGGUAGUUGUAACGAGUUAUUGUUAAGUAUAAACGGAAUAAACACAUGAUAUUUUAUUCUAAAUAUUUAUUGUGUUGCAUUAAUU